AUGUUGAAAAAAUGUCGCUGUCUGCCCUUACUAAUUGGAGUAAUCCUCUUAAUCAGCGAAUUACAUAAGUCCAAUGGAUUACCUAAGCCACCAGCUUUAGCUCCACCAUUAGAAUACAAAGAUUGCGAACCAUAUGUGGUAGCAGAGCAACAUGCAGUACAACUUGGAUUAACCGCAGUAGAACGUAAAAAACCCAAACCGUAUGUGAUAGCAUUAAAAUAUGGAGUGCAAUCCGAAUCUAAAGGGGUAGAACAAAAACGCCCCGCAUCACACUUAGAAGCACCAAAACAUGGAGUACAACCUAUAUCUACAGGGGUAGGACGCAAACACCCGAAAUCAUAUGCGCUAGAUAUACAAUAUGGAGUAUCUCAAUCUCCAGUUGAAAAAUGUAAAGAAUCCCCAUCCGAAUCUAAUAGAUUAGAACGCAAAAAACCAAAAUCAUAUGUGGUAGAUAUACAAUACGGAGUAAAACCUGCACAAGGAGAACAAUCUAGAGCAGUAUAUUCUCCAGUUGUAGAAUAUAAAGAAUCUAAAUCUUAUUCACAAUCUGGAUCUCCACCCGUACAAUAUAAAGUCCACGAACCAUAUGCGCAAGGAGGGCAAUAUGGAGUUGUAUAUGUAUAUCCAGCUGCAGUACAUCAAGAAACCCUAUCAUAUGCACAAGGAGAACAUUAUGGAGUAAAUACUGGAUAUCCAGCUGUACAAUAUAGAGAAUCCGAAUCAUAUUCGCAAGCAGAAAAACAUGGAUCAGAAUCUCAAUCUCCAGCCUUAGAAUAUAAAGAAACCGAAUCAUAUGCGAAAGGAGAACAUUAUGCACUGAAUCCUGGAUAUCCAUCUGUACAAUAUAGAGAAUCCGAAUCAUAUUCGCAAGCAGAAAAACAUGGAUCAGAAUCUAAAUCUCCAGCUGCUGAAUACAAAGAAUCCGAAACAUAUGCGCAAGGAGCGCAAUAUGGUGUAAAAGCUAUAUAUCCAGCCUCACAAUAUCAAGAAACCCUCUCAUAUGCACAAGGAGAACAUUAUGGAGUAAAUACUGAAUAUCCAGCUGUACAAUAUAGAGAAUCCGAAUCAAAUUCGCAAGCAGAAAAACAUGGAUCAGAAUCUAAAUCUCCAGCUGCUGAAUACAAAGAAUCCGAAACAUAUGCGCAAGGAGCGCAAUAUGGUGUAAAAGCUAUAUAUCCAGCCUCACAAUAUCAAGAAACCCUCUCAUAUGCACAAGGAGAACAUUAUGGAGUAAAUCCUGAAUAUCCAGCUGUACAAUAUAGAGAAUCCGAAUCAAAUUCGCAAGCAGAAAAACAUGGAUCAGAAUCUAAAUCUCCAGCUGCUGAAUACAAAGAAUCCGAAACAUAUGCGCAAGGAGCGCAAUAUGGUGUAAAAGCUAUAUAUCCAGCCUCACAAUAUCAAGAAACCCUCUCAUAUGCACAAGGAGAACAUUAUGGAGUAAAUCCUGAAUAUCCAGCUGUACAAUAUAGAGAAUCCGAAUCAUAUUCGCAAGCAGAAAAACAUGGAUCAGAACCUAAAUCUCCAGCUGCUGAAUACAAAGAAUCCGAAACAUAUGCGCAAGGAGCGCAAUAUGGUGUAAAAGCUAUAUAUCCAGCCUCACAAUAUCAAGAAACCCUCUCAUAUGCACAAGGAGAACAUUAUGGAGUAAAUACUGAAUAUCCAGCUGUACAAUAUAGAGAAUCCGAAUCAAAUUCGCAAGCAGAAAAACAUGGAUCAGAAUCUAAAUCUCCAGCUGCUGAAUACAAAGAAUCCGAAACAUAUGCGCAAGGAGCGCAAUAUGGUGUAAAAGCUAUAUAUCCAGCCUCACAAUAUCAAGAAACCCUCUCAUAUGCACAAGGAGAACAUUAUGGAGUAAAUCCUGAAUAUCCAGCUGUACAAUAUAGAGAAUCCGAAUCAAAUUCGCAAGCAGAAAAACAUGGAUCAGAAUCUAAAUCUCCAGCUGCUGAAUACAAAGAAUCCGAAACAUAUGCGCAAGGAGCGCAAUAUGGUGUAAAAGCUAUAUAUCCAGCCUCACAAUAUCAAGAAACCCUCUCAUAUGCACAAGGAGAACAUUAUGGAGUAAAUCCUGAAUAUCCAGCUGUACAAUAUAGAGAAUCCGAAUCAUAUUCGCAAGCAGAAAAACAUGGAUCAGAACCUAAAUCUCCAGCUGCUGAAUACAAAGAAUCCGAAACAUAUGCGCAAGGAGCGCAAUAUGGUGUAAAAGCUAUAUAUCCAGCCUCACAAUAUCAAGAAACCCUCUCAUAUGCACAAGGACAACAUUAUGGAGUAAUUCCUGAAUAUCCAGCUGUACAAUAUAGAGAAUCCGAAUCAUAUUCGCAAGCAGAAAAACAUGGAUCAGAAUCUAAAUCUCCAGCUGCUGAAUACAAAGAAUCCGAAACAUAUGCGCAAGGAGCGCAAUAUGGUGUAAAAGCUAUAUAUCCAGCCUCACAAUAUCAAGAAACCCUCUCAUAUGCACAAGGAGAACAUUAUGGAGUAAAUUCUGAAUAUCCAGCUGUACAAUAUAGAGAAUCCGAAUCAUAUUCGCAAGCAGAAAAACAUGGAUCAGAACCUAAAUCUCCAGCUGCUGAAUACAAAGAAUCCGAAACAUAUGCGCAAGGAGCGCAAUAUGGUGUAAAAGCUAUAUAUCCAGCCUAUCAAUAUCAAGAAACCCUCUCAUAUGCACAAGGAGAACAUUAUGGAGUAAAUCCUGAAUAUCCAGCUGUACAAUAUAGAGAAUCCGAAUCAUAUUCGCAAGCAGAAAAUCAUGGAUCAGAAUCUAAAUCUCCAGCCGUACACUACAAAGAAUCCGAAAUAUAUGCGCAAGGAGCGCAAUAUGGUGUAAAAGCUAUAUAUCCAGCUUCACAAUAUCAAGAAACCCUCUCAUAUGCACAAGGAGAACAUUAUGGAGUAAAUCCUGAAUAUCCAACUGUACAAUAUAGAGAAUCCGAAUCAUAUUCGCAAGCAGAAAAAUAUGGAUCAGAAUCUAAAUCUCCAGCCGUACACUACAAAGAAUCCGAAACAUAUGCGCAAGGAGCGCAAUAUGGUGUAAAAGCUAUAUAUCCAGAAACCCUCUCAUAUGCACAAGGAGAACAUUAUGGAGUAAAUCCUGAAUAUCCAGCUGUACAAUAUAGAGAAUCCGAAUCAUAUUCGCAAGCAGAAAAACAUGGAUCAGAAUCUGAAUCUCCAGCCGUAGAAUAUAAUGAAACCGAAUCAUAUGCGAAAGGAGAAAUAUAUGCGCAAGCUGAACCAAACGGAGCAGAACCUGGAUCUUCAACUGUAGGAUAUAAAGAAUUAGAAUCAUAUGCGAAACGAGAACAACAUGAAGCAGAACCUGAAUCUUCAGCUAAUCUAAAUCUCCAACUGCUGAAUACAAAGAAUCCGAAACAUAUGCGCAAGGAGCGCAAUAUGGUAGAAUCCGAAUCAUAUUCGCAAGCAGAAAAACAUGGAUCAGAAUCUAAAUCUCCAGCUGUAGACUACAAAGAAUCCGAAACAUAUGCGCAAGGAGCGCAAUAUGGUGUAAAAGCUAUAUAUCCAGCUUCACAAUAUCAAGAAACCCUAUCAUAUGCACAAGGAGAACAUUAUGGAGUAAAUCCUGAAUAUCCAGCUGUACAAUAUAGAGAAUCCGAAUCAUAUUCGCAAGCAGAAAAACAUGGAUCAGAAUCUAAAUCUCCAGCUGUAGACUACAAAGAAUCCGAAACAUAUGCGCAAGGAGCGCAAUAUGGUGUAAAAGCUAUAUAUCCAGCUUCACAAUAUCAAGAAACCCUAUCAUAUGCACAAGGAGAACAUUAUGGAGUAAAUCCUGAAUAUCCAGCUGUACAAUAUAGAGAAUCCGAAUCAUAUUCGCAAGCAGAAAAACAUGGAUCAGAACCUAAAUCUCCAGCUGCUGAAUACAAAGAAUCCGAAACAUAUGCGCAAGGAGCGCAAUAUGGUGUAAAAGCUAUAUAUCCAGCCUCACAAUAUCAAGAAACCCUCUCAUAUGCACAAGGAGAACAUUAUGGAGUAAAUCCUGAAUAUCCAGCUGUACAAUAUAGAGAAUCCGAAUCAUAUUCGCAAGCAGAAAAACAUGGAUCAGAAUCUGAAUCUCCAGCUGUAGACUACAAAGAAUCCGAAACAUAUGCGCAAGCCGCGCAAUAUGGUGUAAAAGCUAUAUAUCCAGCUUCAGAAUAUCAAGAAACCCUAUCAUAUGCACAAGGAGAACAUUAUGGAGUAAAUCCUGAAUAUCCAGCUGUACAAUAUAGAGAAUCCGAAUCAUAUUCGCAAGCAGAAAAACAUGGAUCAGAAUCAAAAUCUCCAGCUGUAGACUACAAAGAAUCCGAAACAUAUGCGAAAGGAGCGCAAUAUGGUGUAAAAGCUAUAUAUCCAGCUUCACAAUAUCAAGAAACCCUAUCAUAUGCACAAGGAGAACAUUAUGGAGUAAAUCCUGAAUAUCCAGCUGUACAAUAUAGAGAAUCCGAAUCAUAUUCGCAAGCAGAAAAACAUGGAUCAGAAUCUAAAUCUCCAGCCGUAGAAUAUAAAGAAACCGAAUCAUAUGCGAAAGGAGAAAUAUAUGCGCAAGCUGAACCAAACGGAGCAGAACCUGGAUCUUCAACUGUAGGAUAUAAAGAAUCAGAAUCAUAUGCGAAAGGAGAACAACAUGAAGUAGAACCUGAAUCUUCAGCUAAUCUAAAUCUCCAACUGCUGAAUACAAAGAAUCCGAAACAUAUGCGCAAGGAGCGCAAUAUGGUGUAA